GUGGGUCUGUAUCGCCGAAGAGAAGAUGGCUGCGCUGGGGGAGCCUGUCCGGCUGGAGAGAGAUAUUUGCAGAGCAAUUGAAUUGUUGGAGAAACUACAAAGGAGUGGAGAGGUACCCCCACAGAAACUUCAAGCUUUACAAAGAGUCCUUCAGAGUGAGUUCUGCAAUGCUGUGAGGGAGGUAUACGAACAUGUCUAUGAGACUGUAGACAUCAGUAGCAGUCCUGAAGUGAGAGCUAAUGCAACCGCAAAGGCUACUGUCGCUGCAUUUGCUGCCAGUGAAGGACACUCUCAUCCUCGUGUUGUAGAGCUUCCAAAAACAGAAGAGGGCCUUGGAUUUAAUAUCAUGGGAGGCAAAGAACAAAACUCUCCCAUCUAUAUAUCACGAAUAAUUCCGGGUGGAAUUGCUGAUAGACAUGGGGGCCUGAAAAGAGGAGAUCAACUACUUUCUGUGAACGGCGUGAGUGUUGAAGGAGAACAUCAUGAGAAAGCUGUAGAGCUGCUGAAGGCAGCCCAAGGAAAGGUUAAAUUAGUUGUACGGUAUACGCCGAAAGUCUUAGAAGAAAUGGAGUCACGCUUUGAAAAAACGAGAUCAGCAAAACGCAGACAACAGACCUAAUCAUUCAAAAUUUUCUAUUCCAUUUUGCUUUUAGCCAGAGAAGUUUUACUUGUGAUCUACUGAUGGGCUCAAUGCUAAUGAUUGUAAAAAACCAGAACCUUCCCAUGAAAUCUUCCUUGCCAUUUUAUAAAUGCCUAUUUUAACAUCACUUAUGGUUGUAGAGCAGCAUACACUUUUUUCUGACAAGAAAAAGUAAAGGUGAUGAGGGCAGUUCUGUCCUGCUGUUUUUACAGGCCUUUUUCAAAUGCAGAUUUUGUCAUAAAGUUGUUAUAGAUUUUUAAAAAUGCUUUUUUAAUAUUAAACUGUACUUUUACAUUCUUAAUCUUUUUUUAGAAAAAAAUUUUCAUUUGGCAACUUAGGUAAAAGAAACAGUUCUCCAUUUUUUUUUCUUCUUUGCUUACUGUAAUUUGUUUGUGAAAUUUCUUUAUAGUUUUCCAAGAAAUUAAACCACAGUCUUGCCUGCAGCAGUUCACUCUGUUGUCGAUGUUAACACCUCUGCUGCGUUUUGUACUUGGAACAUGCGUAUAAUAUUUAUAAUUAAUGGUAAAUCAUAACAAUAGCGGAAGUUUAUUUUUAUUUAAACAAUGUAUAAUGGGUAUUCAUUUUUACUGAUUUAUAAAAGUAAGUUUUUAGACACUGAAGCAAUCAUUGCUAAAAUACCUAUUCUUUCAUAAUAUUAAGCAGUGAGGUGAGAGGAUGUAAUUUGAUGAUUAGCAUUACUGAUUAAAUCCCUUAUUUAUAUUUAAACAAGAUAAUCAUGAAUUAUAAAUGCAAACAAGCUCAGAUAUCAGUUUUGCCAAUUUUCUUAAUGCCAUUCAUUUGUAUUUAAAUAUAGUUGUCAUAUUUUGGUUCGCCCAUGUCUAGAGAUGAGCCAGUAGGUUUGUGCUUUAAAAUACUGGAAACAAGAAAAAAAGUAAUACCUUUAACUUCACUAACCUAAAGAGCUGUACAAUUUUACUAUCUCAGCUUAAAGAACUGACUUUAAAUAUAAAGAGGAGGGGAUAUAUUAGGAUACAUAGAAAUUAGGAAGCAAUUUCGUAAGAGUCUCAAAAUGAGUAGUGAUUCAAAAUAAUCUAAAUCUCAAGAUACAUUCAUGAUUCAAUAUAGUGAUGGGAAUUUUGAACAACACUUUGUUAUUUGCCCACUGAAUGUCACUAUUUUACUAAAAGGCAGCUAUUAGUGUAUGAUUUUUGACUAAGGUCU